AUGUUCUUGCCCAUUGAGCCAUAUUUGUCCUGGCCCCGGCCUCCGUCCCUGCCCUCAAACAUUAAAUAUUCUAUGGAUGGUCGGAUACAAUUGGGCAAAGUUAUUGCGUUGUGGAUGGCCGAGAACGAAGAAUCGCCUUUAGCAAAAGAACGCAUUGUGGGGAGUGAUUCCUCUAGUUUUCCCCCCCAUGUCUCCGGUGCAGCAUCCCGCCCGGACGCCAAUGUGAUGCCAUGUGGGCACAAGAUGAACGGGCGGAAUUUGAUCGUCUGCAUUGACAGCACUGCUAACCAGUUCGGUGACAUGAACACAAAUGUGAUCGAGCUCUACAACCUGAUCCUGAAAGGGAGUAAAGAAAGGCAGCUGACCUGGUACAACAGCGGUAUUGGGACAUAUGCACGGCCGUCGUGGAGAUCGCCGAAUUACUACAAACAGGUUCUGUAUCACAAGAUUGAUUUGGUGAUUGCAAGCACUUUCGACAGCACCGUGAAGGGCUCCUAUGGUUGGAUUUCUGACCGUUAUGAAGAUGGCGAUUGUAUCUUCCUUUUCGGUUUCUCUCGUGGGGCAUACCAAGUUCGUGUGCUCUCUGCCAUGAUCGAGAAGGUCGGAUUAAUCUACAAAGGCAACGAGAUGCAGAUUCCCAUUGCAUAUGAACUCUACAUGGACCAGAAGACCGGCGCUGCGGAAGUAACACACGUUGGGUCUGAAGUAAAGAUGACCAAGGCGCAGCGAUUCAAAAGCGCCUUUUCGCACCCGGACGUCAAAGUCCACUUCGUCGGGGCCUGGGACACCGUCUCAUCAAUUGGGAUUGCCCGUGGCAAUAAGAUGCCGCUGCUAACCGUCGAUGGAAUGGGGCACGUCUGCUAUUUCCGACAUGCACUCGCGCUCGACGAGCGGCGGGUCAAAUUUCUCCCUGAGUACACUUGGGGAGGAUCCACCAAGCCGCAGCCUAAUGCAAACAAGGGGAAGGAUACCGGGUUGACCUUGAAGGCUGGAGAGCCACUUGUCGAGCAGGGCGCCGACUCCACUGGCGCUAGCAGGCAAGCAGCGAAAUUUGGACAGACGGUACCAUCAGCAAAUCCUGAUUUUGAGGGUCAAAAUGACCUCGAUUUCAGCGUUAUAGUGUGCUAUGGCGCGUUACGUAGCGCUACGUAA